GUCUUCAUCUCUCGCUUGCUCUCCCUCGAGCUAGUCGGGCUACGUCUUGGCUCGGUAGUUAUCGUUUGUUCUUUCUUCGAUUCGAGAUCAUUCGAGCAAACGAAGGAAAUUGGUAUCGGAAGAACCGAUUGGAGGCGCCAGGGGUGGAAUUUUUACGGUGUUCAAGCUCUCUCGAGUGUUGGGGAAGUCGUAUCGGAAGAGAAAAGUUUAAUAGUUUAUUCUCAACAUGGCAAAAGUUGCUGCAGCUAGUCCUUUAUCCUCUAGUUCUCUUCAACUCGGCGGAGGUACGCUACAGGUUGGCCCGAUGGUUAAAAGAAAGACAACGUCGGAGCUGAGAGGAGAACAGUUGAAGCAGAUGAACAUCGUGGAGCUUGUAGAUGAGUCUUCUGAUCCUUCUUCUGUUUCAACACUUGAGGUAGAGAAUUGGAUCAAGAAACCGGAAUUUUCAAGGAAUCCAAGAUACAUUGACACUCGCGUGGAUGAAGUAUACCCUUCAAAAAAGUCCCGGUUGAGGACGCUUUUUGGAGAAGAAAAUGCUAAGGAUAAUGUAAGCAGUGAACAACCUAGCAGCCUGAAGAAUCUUUCUGUGCUUUCUAGUUUAGCUGCCAAACGACGACAGCAACUUUCAAGCUUUGAGAAAUCUGCCACAUCUGCCAAGGUUGCAAAAGAUGGUGGGUCCAAAACUUCUCAAACAAUUGAAAAGUGUAGUUUCAAUGCGUUUCGCAAUGUUACGGAGCUUUCUUCUGGUGGUGAUAGAUCAUCUGGCGUGGCAGUUGUUGAUAUGAAUAAAGCUUUAAAAGGCUUGGUUGCACUUGCACCUGCUGUCCCUUCUGGUUCUGAAGUUGAUGGUGAUCCUACAUCAACAUUUUCAGGAAAUUUUCGCUCUGAGUGCCAUGUACCUGGCCAAAAGUCUCCUUUAGAUCUUACAUUAAAAACUAAAAUGAGGGUGAUAUUAUCUUCUUCAGUGAAGUGGAUUCAUAGGUCAAUCUUAUGUACUACCUAUGAUGGUAUGCCACAGUUCGCAUCUCACUUUGGAUGUUCUGGGCGUCCAAAUACUAGUGGCAGUUCAGGGCAUGCGUCAAAAUCCCCAUUCACAAAUUCUAAGGCAUUGCAUUCAUGGAUAUACCCCCAAUCUAACCUACCAUCUUCUCUCAUGUCAGUGCUGACCUCAUCUGCAGCAGGCAGAGCCGAAAUGGAUUUUUUAAGACAAAGGCAACUUGCUUGGGAGGAAUCGUUUCGGAGUCUAUACUACAUGUUUCGGAAGAGCAUCUGUAAAAUCUUUUAUGUUUGUACUACACAUUUUGUGGUCAUGUUCACCGGUGAUGAUAGCUUGGGAAGAGCCAAAUGGUCAUGUAAUGCUUAUAUUUCCCAGUCAACACAAGGUCUGAGGUCAUUAUUGAGACAGCAUGAUGUUUCUUUCUCUAUGCCUCUUUGUUAUUCUAAAGUAGAGCAAGCCACUACCGAAGAUCUUGUUGAGCUCUCUGAGAUUGAGAAGCAUAAUUUAGGCCAGACUCGACGUCCCAGUUCCUUGGCUGAUGUAGAUAAUACGCCUGAAUCUUUGCUGGCUUUCAGUGGAAAUGAGAAAGUGCGGGGGUUAUAUGAUUUUUUACUAAAUUAUAGAUCCUUCUUGACAUUUUUGGCGGGUGCAGAUGUUCCUGUGCUGUAUUCUCCCACGCCAUUCCAAAAUGCUUCUAUUUCUGCUCCUGAGAUUAGAUGUAUGGAGAUCUAAAGAUCUGAACAUAUUGCUGCUAUUCCUAGAGCAACUACUAUGAAUGGCACUGAAUCAAAAGAAGGUUCAACUGGUUUCAGCUCUAGCAUUGAAAUUAAGGAUGCAUAUCUUCCACCCUGGAUUAUCUCCCAGAUAUGUGAAAUUUUGCACUCUGAAGGAAGGAACUUUGAGGCAAACUUUGUGACAGAACGUACGUCAAUCGGCUUGAAUGUUGCUCUUGGAGCAUUUGGCAAGAAACCUGAUUCUCCGGUCGCACCAGGUGAACAUUCCCUAGAAAGCAGCUGUGCUUUUGGCAUUGCAGAAUCCAGAGUUGUUCCUUGCUUGCAUUCUGGCAUGUUGAAGGUCUUGAAGUACAGUAAUUGUUCGUAUACAGCUCAUCUUUCCCCUGUAUAAAGAUGUUCUUAACUGUUAACCACAUGCGCCAAGUAAGUCGAUCCUUGCCUAUUUUUCACUUCUUCUAGACCUAGCUCAUCAAUUUGAUUACAGAAAUUACUGAAGUUAUAUGCAUUCUUACACAAAAUCCAAUAUUGUCAUUCAAAUCACUUGAUUAUCUGGUUUGGAGUAACCGUGAAAUAAAAAAUAGAUUGUGGUUUUAUUGAA